AUGUACAAUUACGCAGGCAUACCAAUUUCACCAACACCAUCAAUUAGAACCAUAACCUCAAUAUCGUCAUUUUCAUCGAUUAGAACUGCAGAGCCGGUUUCUGCUGAUUCGUUUGUAAUGAUUUCCAAGGCUGACACACGUUCAACCUUUGAAACCUAUGAAUCUCUAUUAAGCGCCUCAAAAAACUACAGAAAUCAAAUGGUUGCCCUUUCUCAAGCUGCUGCUAGUUUUGGUCAAGCAUUAGAAAGAACCGCUCGUUGUAAAGGCGCAGAUGAAGCUGGUCCUGGGUUACAAGCUGCCGCCGGUUUACAUUACCUAAUGUCAAAUCAUCAACAACUUUUGAGCGAUACGUUCUAUAAACAAUUUGAAAUUCCAUUACUAGAAAAUUUUGACGAACACAAAUCAGUGAUCAUUGGUAAUGAAGAAACUUACGAGAAAUUGAUGAGUGAAAUGAGCAAAAAAAUCAAGGAAACCGAAGCUCGAAAUUUAAAAAAUGGUCGCAAACGCCAAAGAGAUCUUGGACAAUUUCGUAAGGCUUUAAAAGAUUUAACAAAACAAGUAGAGGAACUUGAAAAAUUGAAAAACGAACAUUAUAAACAAACUUUAGAAAAUGAACAAAAGAAUUUAAAUUUUAUUCUUUCAAAAGUUUCUUCGGUUGUAAAAACAGAAGUUAAUAUCUUUGAAAGAAUAUGUAAUAAAGGAAAAGCUGAUCCUUUAUUAGAACAGAAUCUUGGAAUGUAUAACUCACCAAGUAAACUUCCCCGUACAAGUCUCUUUUCUAAAGAUUAUAAUAGAUCAUCUGCAAGUUCUUUAUAUCAAGUUGGUGAUGGUGAUGAUGAAGAUACCAAUGAAUUUUACUUUUAUCAUAACGAUAAUAACAGUAAUAAUUUCCUAUCUUAUAAUGGUAGUGAAAACCGUUCAUCACCACUAAAAAUAAAUAGACCAAACUUUGUUUCAAACAUUAGUGAUCUUGCAUCACUUUCACCAAAUUCUGGCAAUCCUUCCGACAACGAAGAUGAUGGUACCACUGUAAACAAUCAACAUUUUUUAAAUAUUUCUGGUGAUUCUGAUUUAUUCGUUAGUAAAAAUUUUAAUUUCGAUUCAGAGGAAAAUGGUAGUUUGGCCAACAGUUUUCACGAUGUCGUAGAUGGAAAUAUGGAAGAUAAGGAUUGUGAUGAGAAUGAUAAUACACCAAAUCAAGCUUCCUUGUGUGCUAAUAACAACAAGGUUGUUGUUGAUAAAGAAGAAAAAUCAUCACAACAAUCAUUUUUAUCAAAUACAGACACUAAACCAUUAUUUGGGUCAAAUUCACCUUUUAUAACAAGAAAUUGUACAAAAAAUCCGCAUUCCAUCAAUACAAUACAUUAA